AUGGACCCCCUGGGAGAAUCGCCCUGGGCCGACGCCCCUGCCCAACCACCGCCCUCCUCAACCUCCGAGUCUCAGGCAGCCGGCGACGGCGACACCUCCAAGCCAGCUUCAGAAGCAGCAGCUCCCGCCACGACUAGCACCGGCCCCCGCCCUUCCCGCCUGACACCCCGUCGCCUUGUCGCGCAACCGACCAAGUUGCAAGCCGUCCAAGAUGAUCCCCUCGGGCCUCUCGGUGCCGCGGAGCCGGUGGCAUCUGGCGCCGAGGGCGAACCGCCCAUGCCUCCCCAGAAAGAGCCACCCGCGCCGGCUGCCAUGUCAUCUACGCUACCCGUGCGCACAAUGAUGUCCCCGGGCCACCAGCAGCAGCAGCAGCAGCAGCAACAGAGGAGGGGCGUGGUCGACCCGCAUCGGGUCGACGAGGAGGACGAUGGAGAUGACAGGCUGGGAAGCUCAGGGGGGAGAGCGCCGCCGCCGGUGCAGGUUGCCACGCCCGUGCAAGGAAGAGGGGCCGGACCACCGAGCGUCAGCGUUGAGCAAGCGGCCAAGCCGUCCUUCUCCAUCACGGUCGGGGACCCGCACAAGGUCGGCGAUCUGACUAGCAGUCAUAUUGUGUAUGCCGUGCGAACUAAGACUACAUCCAAGGCCUACAAGCAAUCCGAGUUCGAGGUCAAGAGAAGAUAUCGGGACUUCCUAUGGCUCUACAACACCCUUCAUGCAAACAACCCGGGAAUAGUCGUGCCGCCUCCUCCAGAGAAGCAGGCCGUCGGCCGAUUCGAGACCAACUUUGUCGAGGCAAGACGCGCGGCCCUCGAGAAGAUGCUCAACAAGACUGCUGCACAUGCGACGCUGCAACAUGAUGCGGAUCUCAAGCUUUUCCUGGAGAGCGAGUCGUUUAACGUGGACGUCAAGCACAAGGAGAGGAGGGAGCCGAACCUUGGGGAAAGCAAAGGCAUGUUUAGCUCGCUAGGCCUUGGCGGUUCGAGUAGCAAGUUCGUGGAGCAAGACGACGCCAUGGACACGAUGGUGGCUCAACGCAAGUCAAUGGCAGAGGCAGCCGGCGACUUUUCGGCUUCUCUGCACGCACUGUCAACGGUCGAGCUAUCUCCGACCCUAUCCGGCCCCUUGGAGGCCCUGUCAGACCUGCAGAUCACCAUCCGUGACGUGUAUGACCGGCAGGCCCAACAAGAUGUCCUGACUUUUGGAAUCACCAUCGAAGAGUAUAUCAGGCUGAUCGGGAGCGUCAAGCAGGCGUUCGGGCAACGUCAGAAAGCCUUCUACGCUUGGCACGCCGCGGAGUCAGAGAUGCAGAAGCGCAAGGCCAACCAGGAGAAGCUCCUCAGACAGGGCAAGUCUCAGCAGGACCGGCUGAACCAGCGGGAGAAGGUGGAGGACUUCAAGAGCGGCGUGGAAACGUUCUUGGAGAGCUCGGUUGAGGCGCAGAAGGAGCUUAUUGAGAAGUGGGAGACAUUCCUCCUGCAACUGGACUCAGCAGACGACGAGACCGUCUUCUACAAGCCGCCCGUGUUCCAGCCGGCGGGCGGCAACAGGCCGGCGGGAGAUACUGCGGUCGACCGAGCUCGGGCCCGUAUCGACGAGGAUUCUGACUAG